GUGUAUGAAGAAUGUGUACAAAACUAUACAGCAUGCUUAUCUCAGGCAUAAUAUAGCCAGAACAAUAAACAAUUUAGCCUUUUGUCCAUUUGAAGAUGUCCUUGGAGCUGGACACGACGGUGGUUUUUCUAGCUUACUAAUACCAGGAUCUGGUGAACCAAACUUUGAUGCUUUGGAGAGAAAUCCAUUCCAAACAAAGAAACAGCGUAAAGAAGCUGAAGUGAAAAUGCUUUUAGAAAAGAUCCCAGCUGAAUGA